AUGUGGUGUGUGCGGCAUGAAAUGCUCGCUCUUGCGCGGGUCCCGUUAGCCGCACGCGCACUGAGUGUCUCGGCACCGCUCGCAAAAAAGUCGCUUCCAGCGCGCGGAAAGACGCGGAAGAGUCCAAAUACGUUGCUGCGCUUGUACGAGCAAGGCAAGCUAGAAGGCGCCGAAGCGGCAAGGGCUGCUGCGCUGCUCGCAGAGAGUGACGCUGCGAAGCCCGUGGGAAAAAAGAGUACAGAAGAGGAUGGUGGUUCCAUGUCGCUGCACGACGCAUUUCGCGUCAUUCGCGCGGUGGACGCUGCGCGUCCCCAAAAUGCAUACGAAUUGCACAUUGUCACGAGCGUGCCUUCAAACCAAACGAACGCAUUCCGCGGGAGGAUCGUGUACCCAAAAGAGCCUCGUAUCAAGGGCGAUGUAGUGCUUGUGUUUGCCGAACAGAGCACCGAUGCGGAAGCUGCUGCGAGACGCGCUGCGGAGCAGCUCAGAACUGCUGGUUCGUCUGCAAAACUCGUAAUUGGAGGCCAUGAGCUGAUAAACGACGCUGCAUCGAACCGUGUGCCGCACUUUACUCGUGUUCUAUGCACGGUCGCCAUGCUGCCCGCGCUGAGCAAAGCGCUCGCACGUACGCUUGGCCCCAAAGGUCUUAUGCCCAGCGUCAAGCGCGGCACGGCGGUAGAAGAUGGCGAGGAGAUGCAGCGCGCGGUUGAGCAGCUCGUUGCGGGCGUAGAUUGGCGUGGCGACAGGGCCGGCGUUGUGCGCGGCGCCGUAGGCCGACUCUUCUUUACGGAACAAGAUUUGCGCGGGAAUGUGGAAGCACUACUGGACGCAGUCAUUACACGCGCUGUGAGCGGAUUGGCGGGCGUCAAGACCAGCUCGCAAGUGAUUCAGAGCCAUGCGCGGGAUACGCAGGAGGUCGACGGGACAGGGAAACUAGUCGCAAAGCGCGGGACUGGCAGUCUUAAGCGAGCUAUGGGUGUCGUCAAGCAGGCCCACCUGAGCUCGACGCAGGGCCCAGGUAUUCGUCUGCGACUCGAAGACGUGUUGUAG